AUGCAGCACAGCAAAGGACCAGAGUUUCCCGAACCUGCGAGGACGGUCUCACGCUCACGUUCUCGCUCGCGCAGCACCAGCUUGUCGAGCGACUCACAACUCUCCCGCAUCCGUCUUCGGGUACCACCCGCAGCGAACCCAGCACCUUCCUUUAUCGCUCCCUCUGCGGCGUCCCAGAUCAUUACCGCAGACCAGGAGUUCAACGCCGCCGAUUUUGCAGAUGACGACGAGGAGGAUGAUUCGACUGCCAGCGCCAUCGUCACUCCCGACGCUCUUGCCGCUCUGAAUGGAUUUCUCGACCAUUUGCUCUACAAUAUCUUAGCUGCGGCCAAGUCAACUCAGCUCUCAUCAAUUCGACCCGCUGUCGCUGAGGUGCUCAAGCCCCGACUUGCGAAAGAAGUAGUGUCAGUAGCGGACGAAGAAUUGAGCGAAUACCUCGGCGGCCCCGAAGAUGAACAGCUCGAGUUUCGCGGCGGCCAGACCCCAAACGGAGAUUUCGACUUGAUUCGCACCUGGAAAUUGACACGCCUGCGUUGCAUGGUCUAUACUCGCCUGGGUGAUAUGGAAGAGGAUGACGAGGAAGAAUUUAUCACGCAGGACGGUCUAGGCGAUGAGGAAGGAGCCCCUCGUCGAUUCUCAAAUCAUGUCGGCAAUAUUACCCCCGCUGCUGCUAUUUUCUUGACCUCUAUCAUCGAACAUAUCGGUGAACGAGCCCUAGUAAUCGUGGGUGAAACAGCCCGGUCUCGACUAUCAUCAAACCCCGUGGUGGAAGAUAAUGAAGAUGGCGAAACCGGUAAAGAACGCGGAAGCAUGAAUCGACUAGUAGUAGAAGAGCUUGAUGUGGAGAAACUCGCCUUAAAUCCCACGAUGGGGAGGCUUUGGCGCACCUGGAGGAAACGGACUCGAACACCGCAGUUGUCUCGAAUGGCGUCAACAGACUCAAUUAUUCGAAGAGGAACGAUUGGCCACCUACCACUUAGUAGAAAGAGCAGCUUUUCCGUGGCUGAUGAGUCUCAUCCAACCUCGUUUCCUCCCUUUGAAGCGCCACCUGAGAUUAACCCGGCAUCUGUCCCUUUGCCAGAAACCGAAGACGACGCCCAGCAAAUCGAAAAUUUGGGGUUUAUGUCUGAUGGUGAGGGCGGCGAGAUCCAGACAAUGGAAGCCGUGGUCGCUCACAAAGUACGUCCCCGGAGCUUGAUGGUGCUCACCAUACAAUCGCCAAGGUCGCCGUCAAAUGGUUCGCCUGCUACUCCUAAUUCGCGCACACCAGUCACCCGUCAUGUUCGUUCCAAGUCGCUACCUAGUAAUUCUCCCCCCCCAAAGGUUCCUCAAGUCGACCAGGCGGCGGAACAACCGUCUCCCACAGCGUCUGAGAGGCGGAGGCAUCUUGAAACCAUGUACGAACAUGACGAACAGGACCCGAUGAAAGAGAAGGAAACAGAACGGGAAAUGGAAAACGAAAAGGAGGUGGAAACGGAAGAAAUGGACAAACAAGAGGGAAAACUAGAGAACAACGAAAGGGUUGGUGCCUUACCUCAUGCGCCGGAACCUUUCCUGCAUAUAUCUAAAGAGCAGCCACAAAAAGCGAAUGAUUUAGAGGAGGAGCACAUGGAGAGGAGCGCUCUGCAAGAAACGACUGCCCGCUUAUCCCUGUCUACUGCAUCACUUGAAAUUGUGACUAGUCCCGCAACGACCAACACCGAAGAUUCCUCAACCUUCUUCUUUGACCAGGAUACUGAGGCUCUUGAGGGCCAAGAGAUCUGCGAAAAGCCAAUUGCGACUGCCACCGAGCGGCCAACGCGCAAGUCCAGCAAGGAUAUUACCCGGAGGGAAGAACGAUCGGCCGCCUCUACACGCAUUAGAAACGAAAGAGUGGUGGGAACCGCUGUUGAAGAUCCACUACAGAGACAAAGGGAGGAUCACUCCACUUCCGUGCAGCUUGUUGCUGCUCAUAGUGAUUUCACAGAGUGUGAUGCAAACCCUCCUGUCCCAGAACCCUUGGCUCGGGAAGUCCGACAGUCGACGGACAUCCAAGGGAAAUGGUCAAGACCUGUUUCCAACUCCAGUGACAGCACUCGCUCUAGCUAUUCCCGAACACACAGACCUUCUCCCCUGGUUCUCAAGACUGGUAGCCAUCGUUCCGGGGUGUCAGUUUCAAGCUCGGGCACAGAGCGUGCUGCGGUCCAGCGGAUAUCAGGACGACCAUCGCCUUCGGCAGCCUCCGCUACCGUCACAAAAUCCCGCAGAUCAGACAGUUUUGGUAGUCAUCGUGAGAAACGUCCAGUUACUGCUGGCUCUAGUAACUCCCAGGUUUCCAGCAGGCUCAAGGGCAUAAUUGGUCGUCCGUGUGAACCAAGUUCUCCUCAUUUGCGAAGUUCCUCCGAGACAAGCAGGGUGUCUGGUUUAACUAAGGACUCGUACGACGAUACAUCUGGCUUGGAUGAGUUAAUUCGCAGUGAAGAAACGAUUCACUAUACCCUCACCCCAAAGAGCGUGAGAGAAAUGGAUUUCCCGGAUACAUCUAGAUGGCAACCUCGGCGAUCAAAUACGUCGGACCUAGCCGAUUUCUUGAAGAAUACUGGACCUGAUGAUUCUACCUUCCCCAGAGCGUCGACAACAUCCUCUCGAGGAGUUCCAGACUAUCAGAGUCAGUCCAGAAUUCCAGAUUUGCCGAACCAAUCGCGCAUCCACGCAACUCAGAUGCCUCCCAAGUCGAAACAACCAGUGGGACAACCUCGCGACGUCAGGCCCAGUACUGAGUCAAGCCAUGACUUUGCGCAAUUCAUUCGAAACUCUGGUCCUAAUACCCCUUCAACUCCCUCGACUUUCAUCAAAGGGCGUGGGUUUUCUGAGCCCACGGAACUGUCUAAGAAGCCUUCUCGAGCUGAAAGUACUUUUUCGAGCUCAAGUCGGACCCGGCUACUAGCCCGGCCUGCUGUAGUUCCUAACGGAGACACGUCUGAUUUAAUUGACUUCAUCCGUGAAGGCCCACCCACUGCGGGAGCCCGUCGCAUUCCGCGUACAGUUGCGCCGUUCCGCAACACAAUGGAUUCGGAUGAACUCAAUCUUUAUGAGCCGCAAGUGCCGCCAGUUAGUAGCACCCAACAAGAGGUAAUGGCCACAAAGUCACAUGUUUCUGCUGGUUCCCGUACCGGACUUCUCGACUCCAUGAAUCGCAGUUACAUCCGCACCGGCUCUUCGUCUAGUAAGGUGGAUGCUGCAGAUGAUCCUCGUCCCCAGAGGACACAGCGCCGCGCGCCAGACCCUUACGCUCUUGAUUGGGGCGAUGAUGAAUUGACUGAGCUGAUGGAUGAACCUAAACCGAAGCGCGAAGAGGAGAGCCUGAUUGAUUUCCUGCGUAACGCUCCUCCCCCCCAAUCCGAAUCUCAACCUCAACCAUUUGUUUUGAACAACAAUAACAACAACCCAUCCGCUAAACCCGUUACCGGUGGUUUUGGAGGGGCUUCAUCCAUGAAGGCUCGACUGCUCCGAAAUACCUCUUUUGAGAGGGCACCUUCGACGAAGUCCUCUCGAAGCUCUCUUCGCCAGCAAUUUGAUCAGCAAUCCCCAGGAAUUUCUUCGAACUAUGCGGCCAAAGUUGGAAUGGAGCGGAAUACAGGAGCCAUGCGUGGCCUUUCAUUUGCCUCUGAACGCCAAACGGAAACCAGCGCUCUUGCAGAUUUCCUCCGGAGUACCGGACCGCCGGAGCCCCCUGCGCCUCGCGCCCAAACUCCGGUGAAAGACUCGAGUUUUACCCGGCGUCUCUUUAUGCGGCAUAAAAAGGUUCAAGUGUGA